AUGACCGUCCACGCGCUCUGGGUCAUCAACAAGGCCGGCGGUCUCGUCUUCAGCAGGUCGUACACAGACACCCUCCCCCCACUCCCGCUCAACACGGUGCUCAUCCUCGCGGGAACCCUGCACGGUAUCCACGCCAUUACCUCGCGCCUGGCACCGGCCCCACCUCCCGGCGCGCCCCAGGCAGGACUGGAGAGCUUUGAGGCUGAGGGUUGGGGCGGGAAAGUGUUCUUGACGCCUACUGGAACCAAGUUUGUCCUCCUCCACUCCAUCGGCCACGCUGGGCUUGACGACCUCCUCAAGAGGGUAUACGAGAUUUUCAUGAAGAAUCCCUUCCACACCCCGGAGAUGCCCAUCAACUCGGCGCAGUUUGACACUCGUCUCCAGACCCUCAUGGCGACCGUCAACGCGUAA